AUGAGCAACUUUGGAGGCGCAGGGCUGGGGCAGAAAGUCUACAAGCCCAAUCCGCCUGAGCGCGGGUCCUUUCCCUUGGAUCAUGACGGCGAAUGCAAGAGUAUCAUGCACGCGUACCUACGAUGUAUCAAAUCCCACCGUGGCACCAACGACUCUGUGUGUCGCGAUCUCUCCAAGUCAUACUUGUCAUGCCGUAUGGAGCGCGACCCGCCAACACCCAUCACUGCAGCUCUCCCCCCACUUUACGCCGUCACACUGCCUCGGAAGCAACCGAACAAGGCGCAAGCGUUUGGCGCUCGGAAUAGCUUCGCGCUGAAGAACCUGCGCUAA